CCAUCUAUCUCUGCAAACGGACCAUGCAGAACAAAGCAAGGCUGGAGCUGGCGGAUUAUGAAGCCGAAAACUUAGCAAGACUUCAGAGAGCAUUUGCAAGAAAGUGGGAAUUCAUCUUCAUGCAAGCUGAGGCCCAAGUGAAAAUUGACAGAAAAAAGGAUAAAACAGAAAGAAAGAUUUUGGACAGUCAAGAAAGAGCAUUCUGGGAUGUGCACAGGCCUGUGCCGGGCUGUGUGAACACCACAGAAAUGGACAUUAGAAAGUGUCGUCGUAUGAAAAACCCUCAGAAGGUGAAAAAGUCAGUAUAUGGGGUUACAGAGGAGUCUCAGCCCCAAAGCCCUGUACACAUGCCCUCCCAACCUGUACGCAAAACUACAAAAGAGGAUUUCCGGAAACAAAUAACUUUCCUGAACGUGCAGAUAGAGAGACACUGUUUAAAGAUGUCCAAAGUAGCAGAAAGUUUAAUAGCCUACACGGAGCAGUAUGUGGAAUAUGACCCCUUUAUAACUCCUGCCGAGCCUUCCAAUCCCUGGAUAAGUGAUGAUGUGGCAUUGUGGGACAUCGAAAUGAGCAAAGAACCUAGUCAGCAGCGUGUGAAAAGAUGGGGUUUCUCCAUGGAUGAGGUGCUGAAGGACCCAGUAGGACGAGACCAGUUCCUUCGUUUCCUGGAAUCGGAAUUCAGCUCAGAAAACCUCAGGAUUUGGCCCAUAGCACUGCUUCGGAGGCCUGUACUAGAGCUAUGUAAGAAAUCUCAGCAACAGUAUUUAGCAGAGCCAGCAUUGCCAAGUAUCGUAUGCGAAGGCUUGCAAAGUUCCCUGAAGUUCAUCUUAGGGAAGGCAACUUUCCUGCUGUGGAAAGUUGAAGAAGAGCUAG